UGUUUCUAUAGAUUAUUUAUGGAAACUCUUUUAGAAAAAACUUUAUUUAAAAUUAUUGACCCUCCAAAUCUUCGAAUAACAACUCCAAGAUGGUUUACGUUGCCUUCACCUAUGCAAGUCUUCUUUUUUGUAAUGGUUACUUAUUUUUUAGUUACUGGAGGUGUUGUUUAUGAUAUUAUAAAUGAACCUCCAUCUAUUGGAUCAACUGUUGAUGAACGUGGACAUAAUAGACCAGGUUUUACAAAAUAAUUUUCCUGUUUCAAAAUUUUAGUUGCCAUAAUGCCAUAUCGUAUCAAUGGGCAAUAUAUUAUGGAAGGGUUGGGAGCUAGCUUUAUGUUCUGCCUUGGUGGUGAGAAUUUUUACAUAUUUUUUAGA